CUACUGCAGCCAUUAAACUGGAUCAUGGAUACAGCCCCUGUCUUGAAUAUUAAACAGGGGCUAAGGUGCUAAAUAUACUAAGCAUGAAAAGAGGGUACGACCAAGCCUUAUCUCCGGCUCCUUCUCAAUCUCGGGUCCUUUUGCUAGGCUCACUACGAAUAUGGGACAUAUGUACCCUUCGUUCUCAAAACGUACUUGCCUGUCUCUCACGAUCUUAGCCCUCGUUAUCCCUGCUCAAACAAUAAAGCGUACAGUCGGCCCCGCAACCGAUCCCAGAUUCCAGAAUGCAUCGAGAAUUUGCAACGGCAGCGACCCAAGGGUCUUCGAGUUUCGGACUUGCUCCCUUCUUAUCGAUUGCGUGUAUGAUAAUCUCACUGAAGCAUUCAAGGCCAGCUUGAGCAGUGGGACUAGUAUUGCGGCGCUUUUGCCAACAAUCCUAGUUUUGAUAGGUUCACCGCCACUCGAGGUUGUUCAGCUUGCUCUACUAUCACCUCACCGUGCUCUUGCAACCUGCUGCUUCACCAUCGGCCUCCCUAGCGGUCUAUUCCGGCAAUUAAGACCGUUGCACACACAACUAUCGCACGUAAAUCCACGAGAGCCCAGAAUAAGGGAAUGGUCAGUACCAUUGCCAUCUAUCAGUGACAGGAAGUGGCAUAACAUCACCGCAAAACUCGCCAUGGACGCAUUGAUUAUGACUUUGGCUAGCAUUAUGUUGUGGCGCAACUGGGUAGUCUCCAGCUUCACCAUGGUACCGUGGCGGUGUGAGUAUUCUUGGCUGCUUUUCGCCUGGCCACUUGCGUGCAUGGUAUGGCUUGUCAUUGCCGUCGGACUUGUCUUCUUCAUGAAAGAAUCCAUGGAAGUCUACGAUGGCUACGGCCAACGACUGGACUAUAGCAUCUGGAACCUCUUGAGAGUGCCCUAUGACUUCGCGCCAAAGAAGCUCUCUCCAGGCAGAACCAACACCCCAACUCUUCCCUUAGCCAGCAAUGCGAAACCUGCAGUCGAACUGCCUAUUCCCAGGACAAUCAAUACAGGCGACUCGUCCUUGGACCAAACCCAUCACGAAGCUCAUAAUCGUCGGCCCCCGCCGGACCCUGUCGCCAACCGUAUCGAAACUAUUGCGUUCUACAACGGUGCCUACAUCAGAGUCUGCAUUGCAAUGCCGUCGAACUUCGGGAUUCGCAGCUGGCGUUGCUAUGAAGCAAUUAUCGAGUCGCUUGCUGUAGGGAUAUAUCUGUACGCGACUUUUGUUCUGACAAGUGUACUGUUCUUAAAUGCGGAUAAGGCGAUUGUGUAUUCAACUGUCAUGACAGUUUGUUUGAGUGCUGUAAGGGUGCUGACAACGUUAUUCUAGCGCUGCACCAAGGUUAAGAGGAAGGUAGUUUCCUA